AUGCUUUCGGCUUUCGGUCCUGUGACGUCAAGCCGAAACGGGAUUUUUGGCAGCCGGAGUGCCGGGUUCGGUUAGGAUAGUAUAAAACCAACGGUGGUUGGUUCAGUACAGCAUCAGUCGAGAUUCAGCAAUUGCAUCGUGCAAGAAGCCUUCCAACUCAAGUCGCGUAUCAGUUCUCCAGAAAAAAAUCAGUCCAACAUGUUGAAGCUCCUGUGUUUGUUUGCUGUGGUAGUGGUCGUAGCAGCGAUGCCCCAUGCACCAGCAUGGCCAGCACCAGGUCCAGUUCCAGUGGGAAGAAUCGUGAAGCGCGAAGUGAAGGAACCUCAGAGACUCGAUCUAGAACAACCUCAGGAAGGAGCUGGCAACGCCGCCGUUUCCGCUGACGAUGAUAUGGAUAAGGCAGAGACAUUCGGGUUCGGCUACCAUCACUACUACUCCUACCCCAGAUACUACUAUCCGAGCUACUACUACGGAUAUUAUCCUCGAUACCACUACGGUUACUACUGGUAGCUGGCCUCUGUACUCGGCUGUAAAGAUUUGACAACGGAAAACAUUGCAAUAAAUUAUCACUUGUACAGAAACAAA